UUAUGUUUAUCUCCCCCUGCAGGCCUGGUGGGGAAGAUGAAUCCUAAAAACAAGGUUGACCACACCCCUGAGCUCACCAUCAUCGUCGAGGUCAUCAAUGUGUGCUGCGUCAGCGUCGUCAGGGACUACACUCUAUACAGGAAGUACAACCUGCAGGAGGUUGCCAAGGAGGAGGGCCUAAAGAUGGGAAACAGGAAGAGGUCACCACAAACAACAGGAAGAGUCAAGUCGAACCAGGAAGAGAAGGGUGGGAAACAGGAAGAGAUCAAGUCAAACCAGAGGAAGGAUGGGAAACAGGAAGAGAUCAAGUCGAACCAGGAAGGGAAGGAUGGGAAACAGGAAGAGAUCAAGUCGAAACAGGAAGGGAAGGAUGGGAAACAGGAAGAGGGAAAGGAUGCCCCAAAAACAGACAAGGAAGGAAAGGGGGAUGAAGAGGAGGAGAAGUAGAUCCCUGUACCAGGAGGGAGAGAAGAAGAGGGAGGGGAAUGAAGGAGGAAGUGAAAUGGGACUGAUAAACAACUCAAAGGCAUCUCACAGUGCAGGUGAUG